AUGAAGGUCACAAUCAAGGAAUGGAAUGCUGUGGCCCAGUGGCAGUGGGAUACGGGCAAGAAAGAGGAUGAACCAGCAGAAGACGGGGAAGAGGACGUUUGCGGUAUAUGUCGUAAUCCGUUCGAGGGAUGUUGCCCAGCUUGCAAAGUUCCGGGCGACGACUGUCCUCUUAUUUGGGGGGAGUGUAGUCAUGUUUUCCAUAUGCACUGUCUGAUGAAGUGGAUCUCAACGGCAUCUUCUAAGCAACAAUGCCCCAUGGAUAGGCGGACAUGGGCAACGGCGGAACGCAAAGUCGCAACUUCCUGA